UCGCAUUUUCAUAAAUAUUUUUCAAACGUUGAACGCACAGUUUUUGGUUCAGUCCUUUUCUGCUCCGUUAGGUGCCGUGUUGUGUUUUGACACAUCGUCUGUCGAAUUAAUCAGCUGUUAUCUGAAUCAGAGUGCCUUGAAAAAUGCCGGGCUACAAACUCUACUACUUCAAUGUCCGAGGACGAGGAGAACUUUCUCGUUUGAUUUUGCACUGCGCCGGUGUUCCUUUCGAGGAUUUCCGUUUCGAGGGCAAAGAUUGGCCUGCAUUUAAAUCCAAAAUGCCGUUUGGACAAGUCCCUGUGUUGGAGGUAGAUGGAGAGAAAAUGUUGGCUCAGUCGCACACAAUUGCUCGCUACUUGGCCCGCCAACAUGGACUGGCUGGUCAAAACGACUGGGAACAGAGCCAAGCCGACAUGUAUGUUGACUGCAUCUAUGAUUUGCAUGGAGCAAUGAGGACACCAACAUGGGAAACAGAUCCUGUAAAGCAAAAGGAGCUAUUCGAUAAAGUCAACCAAGAUACAAUUCAACCACACUUGGAGAAGGUUGAGCAACACCUUGUCAAGAAUGGUAGCGGUCAUCUGGUGGGACAGGGGUUAACUUGGGCUGACAUCGCGUACUAUGCUUAUUUCACGACCCCCAUCAUGACGCGCUUGGGAGGUGAAGUCCUUACCAAGGCGCCUCAUCUCAAGAAACUAAUCGAGACGGUCGGCAACAAUCCCAACAUUCAAAAAUACGUCGAGACCCGUCCUGUUACAUCACUGGAUUCAGUUUCAACACGGAAGGACUACACACUACUUCAAAUGAAAAUACCAAACUACAAAUUGAUUUACUCCAACGCAAGAGGCCGAGCAGAUCUCGCUCGACUAAUACUGCACUGCGCCGGAGUUCCGUUCGAAGAUAUCCACUGUGGACAUAGCGAUUGGCCGUCCAUCAAACAAGAUACGUCAUUCAGACAGGUGCCCAUUUUGGAAGUUGAUGGAGUCCAUUUAGAAUCUCAUCAAUCUAACGCCAUUGCCCGAUAUUUAGCCCGCCAGCACGGGCUGGCCGGACAGAAUCAAUGGGAGGAAACUAGGGCGGACAUGAUUGUUGACUGCAUGUGUUAUCUCCACGCAGGAAUGUGCCCCAUCACUCGAGAGAAAGAUCUGGAAAAGCAGCAAGAAUUAUUCGACAAAAUUAAUCAAGACAUGGUCCAGCCUCACGCUGAAGUCAUCGAGCAGCUAUUAAUCAACAACGGUAGCGGAUAUCUGGUCGGCAAUGCGUUAACAUGGGCUGACUUGGCGUAUUACGCUUAUUUUACUACCCCGAUCAUGGAACUCUUUGGCGGCCAAGUGCUGGAUGAUCAUCCGCAUUUAAGGGAAUUGAUGAAACACAUCGGCGACAUCCCAACCAUCAAAAAGUAUAUCGAAAAAAGGCUCCGAAAAAACUAGAUUGAUCCAACUUUGUACAGGACCAA